CAGGACCAGUUUGUAGGCUUUCUAGGGUGGGGUUUCAAGAGAGCUCGAGCUCUGAAUAGUGAUUGGCCAUUUGCCUUGCGUCGUACUAGUCGAGUAGACGCCGACUCCGCACGGAGGAAUUGCCUUGACUGUAUGGUGCAAAACCAUUUAAUAUAUUUACUUGUUUUUAGGGACCGGCUGUAUGAUUAAGCUACAAUCUUCAAUGAGUAAGCAUAUCCCACAGUUCUGUGGUGUUCUGGGUCACACAUUUAUGGAGUUUCUGAAGGGCAGUGGGGACUACUGCCAGGCACAGCACGCAGCUGCCUAUGCAGACGAGUGAACAGCAGAACCCACCUCCUCUCCGAAUACAUUGGACCCACAGGAGGAGGAUCUGAAACGUUGGCAGGAUCAGGACACCUCCUAACCUACCAGCAGAACGAGCCUGGAUGGGGUAACUCUACCUGCUGCACACUGCCCUCGUUGGCUUCUGCCUGGUCAGAAUCAAGGGGGAACCUGUCUUGUUUUCCCAAAGGAGAAGGGGUUUGAUUUUGGUUGUCCACACCCUUUUUUCUGCCAAAUCCGACCUCCUUUCGCCCCAUAGCCUUCUUUAGCCCACUGGUCACGGUGUAUUUUUAUUGCGGGAAUAUAGUUUGACAUUUUGUUGAUAUUCCCUCUCCCUCUAAAUAAGUGUUUUCGUUAGAUUGUUUUGUGGAAGAUCUCGUUUUUCCGUCUGUCACCAUGGCACGUAUGAACCGACCUGCCCCUGUGGAGAUCACCUACAAAAACAUGAGGUUCCUCAUUACCCACAAUCCAACCAAUGCCACUUUGAAUAAAUUCAUUGAGGAACUGAAGAAGUAUGGAGUGACCACCGUUGUGAGAGUAUGUGAGGCCACCUAUGAUUCCACCUUGGUGGGGAAAGAGGGAAUACAGGUUCUGGAUUGGGCAUUUGAUGAUGGUGCUCCUCCCUCGAACCAGAUUGUUGAUGAUUGGUUGAACCUCCUGAAGACGAAGUUUAGGGAGGAGCCUGGUUGCUGCAUUGCUGUCCACUGUGUAGCUGGCCUGGGGAGAGCCCCUGUCAUGGUUGCCCUGGCUUUGAUUGAAUGUGGGAUGAAAUAUGAAGAUGCUGUCCAGUUCAUCCGGCAGAAGCGUCGCGGAGCGUUCAACAGCAAGCAGCUUUUCUACCUGGAGAAGUAUCGUCCAAAGAUGCGCCUGCGCUUCAAAGACUCCAACGGCCACCGCAACAACUGCUGCAUCCAGUAGUAAAGCCAACUAACUCAUAGUCCAUGCCAACAAUGCCCCUAUAAAAUACAUUCAUUUCUUUAUCUUAUCUACCUGGCAGGCUUGUUUUUUUCUUAGUAAAUCCAUUGUGUUAAAGUAUUUCCACCGGAAAUUCAUUCUUAAAUAAUUCAAGUUUUCCCUUCUCAAUUAAAAAAUGUCAAGUGUCAAAAAAGAGGUUAGUUAGUGAACAAGUGACAGUGAGUGAGUGUUCUCUAUGUGUGCCCUUGGAAUUGGAAAGGAGGACAGCCAGUGAAGUAGUCUUGUGAACAUCCAGAUGUUGAUUUAUACAGCCCAAGGUUUUAAUUGGCAAGGGUGCUUAUUACUUUAAAAAAAAUAUUUUAAAAAGUACUGUAAUGAUGAUUUAACAUGAGUAGUUAGGUAUCCCUUUAAAUUUUAUGAUUCAGUUCGAUACUGAAUAGAAAGAUGUAUGCCUUCCUCCACAUGGUUAAAACUUGAAAUGCCUUACAAUUAAAAUGGAACAAAAAGGCAAUCGAGUGGGUUUGUCAUCCACUACAUUAGAAAAGGUCUUUCUUUUUUUACUUGGAACAAAAGAAUGUUGCCUUUGUCUUGUGCAGGACGUCUACACACUUAAGUCCUUUCAGUAACUAUUUUUAAUAUGAAAUGCUUAAUUGUUGCAAUAUUUGUUUAUUGAAAGUCUGGGACCUUUUUAUUUUUUUAUUUUCUCUUAUCAAAUCUUGUUGAUUAAUUACUGCCAUGUCCGAAAUGUGAUUUGUGUUUUUCGCUUUGAAACUGGACUUCAACGUCUGCGAUAUUUUGUAUGCCUUUUUAUUUUGAUGUGCGUAACUUAAUACUUGGAUACUUGAUGAUUUAUGUAUUUGAAAAUGUGUAUUAUUAGGUUGGCUAUUUAUACUAUCAAUGGAUGUGUGUUUUAGUACCGUGAGCAACAAAUUGUAACUGUUCACCAACUUGUAAGAGUACAUUAAAAUGAUACACUGAAAA